AUGACUGACGAAGCUGAAAUCGAUGCAGAAGUUCGAUUCAAAAAGGGCAAAGCUGAAAGAGUUGAGUCCAAUAUGUGCCAUCAAUGUCAAAGGAACGACAAUGGGCGUGUCGUGCGAUGUCAAAAUUGCAAGAAGAAGCGCUAUUGCAUCCCAUGCUUAAGUGCUUGGUACCCUCGCAUAGAAGAAGAAAACAUUGCCAAGAAAUGCCCAUUCUGCUGUAAUAUUUGCAACUGCAUAAGAUGCUUGCGUCUAAAUACUAGACUGAAAGGGAUUAAUUCAGACAUUAAGGUCAGCAUUGAUGAAAAGAUUCAGUGUUCCAAGUAUAUUUUGCGGACGCUUCUCCCACAUGUGAAGGAAAUAAAUGAAGAACAGAUUGCAGAGAAGAAAAUUGAGGCAAAGAUUUUAGGUCUUGAGUUUGAAGAGGUGGAUCCCCAACGCGCUAACAGUUUACCUGAUGAAAGACUCUACUGUGACAGUUGCAAGACCUUAAUCUUUGAUCUUCAUAGGAGUUGCUCCAGCUGUGAUUCUGAUAUCUGUCUUACAUGUUGCCACGAGAUCCGCAAUGGAAAGCUUCAGGCACGUCAGGAGGAUGUGUCUUGGAAUUAUAUAAACCCAGGCUUAGGUUAUUUACAUGGAGGAGUAGGAUAUUUUGAUAAAAAGAGGAAUGAUAGGCCAAAUAGCAAAGACCGUGUGAAGCUCCCGUCUAUGUGGAAAGUAAAGGAAGCUGGAAGCAUUGCUUGUCAUUGUGGUGGUGGUGAUUUGGAGUUAAAGCACAUACUUCCUAAUGACUCGGUAUCUGAUUUGGUAGCUACUGAAGCCAACAAGCUUUUGGAUUUACCUGAAACGGUUAUAGAACCAUGUCCUUGUUAUGACUCUGAAGGUCAUAUUGACAUGGCCAACUAUAAAUUGUUAAAGGCUGCUUGUCGAGAUGGUUCAGAAGACAAUUACCUAUACUGUCCAAGUGUAAGUGAUGUUGAACGAGAUGGUUUAGAGCAUUUUCAACAUCACUGGGUAAAAGGUGAGCCUGUGGUUGUGAGGAAUGUGCUUGAAGCUACAUCUGGUUUAAGCUGGGAACCAAUGGUUAUAUAUCGUGCCUGCCGUCAGAUACGCCACAACAAUGAAACACUUCUAGAAGCUAAUUCUCUUGAUUGUUUGGACUUAUGUGAGAAACUGGUUAAUCUUCGUGGUUUCUUUACCGGUUAUACAAAAGGCCAUUAUGAUGGCAUGGGUUGGCCACUCGUUCUGAAGCUGAAAGAUUGGCAUCCAUCUACGUCCUUUAGAGAAAACUUGCCUCGCCAUUAUGAGGAGUUCUUAUGCAGUUUGCCUUUGAAGCAGUACACACAUCCGGUUAAUGGACCUUUGAAUCUCGCUGUCAAAUUGCCCGAAAAUUGCUUGAAGCCAAACAUGGGGCCAAAGACGUACAUUGCUUAUGGAUUUGCUCAAGAAUUUGGCCGUGGAGAUUCUGUCACUAAGCUCCACUACGACAUGUCUGAUGUGGUGAAUGUCUUAACACACGUUUGUGAAGUGCCCAUUAGUAAGGAGAGCCAAGUCAUAAUAGAUGAACUGAAAGAGAGGCAUGCUAAACAAGAUCUCAGGGAGCUGUUUUGUUCAGAAGCUAACAAUGAGAAAAAGAUGGAGAUUCAUGAAAAGACUAGUGGAGAAUUCGACGAUGAUGCAGGGGCUCUCUGGGACAUUUUCCGCAGAGAAGAUGUUCCGAAGUUAGAACAGUACCUCGAGAAACAUCACAAGGAGUUCAGACAUAUCUACUGUUGCCCCUUGUCCCAUGUUGUUCAUCCAAUACAUGACCAGACUUUCUACUUGACACGGUAUCAUAUAAGACAACUGAAAGAAGAAUAUGGGAUUGAACCAUGGACCUUUGCUCAGAAGCUUGGAGAUGCUGUUUUAGUCCCUGCAGGUUGUCCUCAUCAAGUCAGAAAUUUGAAGGUAGGACAAGGCUUUGUCUCACCUGAGAAUGUCGGGGAGUGUUUACGUUUGGAAAAAGAGUUUCGUCUACUUCCACCAAAUCAUGAUUCAAAAGAAGACAAUUUAGAGAUAAAGAAGAUGAUAGUCUCUGCAAUCGAUAAUGCUCUGAAAGAUUUAGAUCCAAGUGAAAAAGAGUCUACGGAAGCCAAAGAGUCGCAAAAGGCAAAGAAGGCUCCAAGAGUCGCUGAUAAGAAGGAUUCACUGGAAGAAGCGAACGGAGGCGUUUGGUCUGAUUUAGGAAUUAGGAGAGGCAUUAGAGAGACAAGCCCCAUGACUGACGAAGCUCAAGUUCCACUUACAAAGGGUAACGCUAAAAAAGCUGAGUCCAAUAUGUGUCAUCAAUGUCAACGGAGUGACAGAGGACGUGUCGUGCGAUGUCAGAAUUGCAAGCGGAAGCGUUAUUGCAUCCCAUGCCUUCAGACUUGCGACAGUUGCAAGACCAUAAUCUUUGAUCUUCAUAGGAGUUGCCCCAGCUGUUCGUAUGAUAUCUGCCUUACAUGUUGCCACGAGAUCCGAAAUGGACAGCUUCUGGCAUGUCAGGAGGAUGUGUCUUGGAAUUAUAUAAACCGAGGUUUACAGUAUGCACAUGGAGUAGGAGGAUAUAAAGAGACGAAUAAUAAGGCAAAUAGCAAAGACCGUGUGAAGCUCUCAUCUCUCUGGAAAGCAAAGGAAGCUGGAAGCAUCACUUGUGAUUGUGGUGGAGGUGAUUUGGAGUUAAAACACAUACUUUCUGAUGAUUGGGUAUCUGAUUUAGUCAAGACAGUAGAAAUAACUGCUGAAGCCAACAAGCUUUUCGAUUUACCUGAAACGGUUAUGGAACGGUGCCCUUGUUAUGACUCUGAAGGUCGUAUUGACAUGGCCAACUGUAAACUGUUAAAGGCUGCUUGUCGAGAUGGUUCAGAAGACAAUUAUCUGUACAGUCCAAGUGUAGGUGAUGUUGAAGGAGAUGGUGUAGAGCAUUUUCAACAUCACUGGGUAAAAGGUGAGCCUGUGGUUGUGAGGAACGUGCUUGAAGCUACAUCUGGUUUCAGCUGGGAACCAAUGGUAAUGUAUCGUGCCUGUCGUCAGAUACGCCACACCAAACAAACACUUAAAGAAGUUAAUACUGUUGAUUGUCUUGACCUCUCUGAGAGAUUGGUUAAUCUGCAUGUAUUCUUUACCGGUUAUACAAAAGGCCACUAUUAUGAUUUGAUGGGUUGGCCUAAAGUUCUUAAACUGAAAGAUUUGCAUCCAUCUAAGUCCUUCCAAGAAAUCUCGCCACGUCAUUGUGAGGAGUUCUUAUGCAGUUUGCCUUUGAAGCAGUACACUCAUCCGGGUAAUGGACCUUUGAAUCUUGCUGUUAAACUGCCCAAAAAUUGCUUGAAGCCAAACAUGGGGCCAAAGACGUACAUUGCUUAUGGAUUUGCUCAAGAACUUGGCCGUGGAGAUUCUGUCACUAAGCUCCAUUGCGACAUGUCUGAUGUGGUGAAUGUUUUAACGAACGUAUGUGAAGUGCCUAUUAGAGAGGAGAAGAGACAACACCUAGUAGAUAGAUUGAAAGAGAGUCUUGCUAAACAAGAUCUCAGGGAGCUGUUUUGUUCAGAAGCUAAUAAGGGGAAAAAGAUGGAGACUCUUGAAAAGACUAGUGAAGAAUUCGAAGAUGAUGAAGGGGCUCUCUGGGAUAUUUUCCGUAGAGAAGAUGUUCCGAAAUUAGAACAGUACCUCGAGAAACAUCACAAGGAGUUCAGACAUAUCUACUGUUGCCCUGUGUCCCAGGUUGUUCAUCCAAUACAUGACCAGAGUUUCUACUUGACACGGUAUCAUAUGAGGAACCUGAAAGAAGAAUAUGGGAUUGUACCAUGGACCUUUGCUCAGAAGCUUGGAGAUGCUGUCUUAGUUCCUGCAGGUUGUCCUCAUCAAGUCAGAAAUUUGAAGGUAGGGCAAGGGUUUGUCUCACCUGAAAAUGUCGGCGAGUGCUUACGCUUGAAGAGAGAGUAUCGUCUACUUCCACCAAAUCAUGAUUCAAAAGAAGACCAGUUAGAGAUAAAUAAGAUGAUAGUCUCUGCAAUCGUUGAGGCUCUCAUAGACUUACCUCCAUAUGAAAAAGAGUUUUCGGAAGCCGCCGAGGAGAAGGGGAUGAAGAAAGCAAAGCGUGGACAUUAA